AUGACUACAGAUGCGGAAGAGCUGACUACCACACCUUCAGAGCUGACUACCACACCUUCGACAUCCACUCGCACAAUUUCUAUCCAACCAACUGUGCCUCACACCACAGCUCCCGUGGAGCCUCCCAGCGACCAGAAUACUACCGUCAUCGGCUUGGCCGCCGCGGGUGGGAGCGUGGCAGUGCUUGGUGCUGCGGCGUAUGCUGCAGUUCAGUCCGGUGUGUUCCCCAGUGCGCUCGGAGGUGGAGAGUUUGUCGGUGGAGGGGAAGCUGAAGGAGCGAUGGCGGAAGAAAACCGAGAACAGCUCCAGGCUGUGGACGUUGGCAUGUUCGCGUAG